ACCUCGCAUGUCUCCCAUCCUGCAGAUGCUUUCCAGAGCUGUCAGGAGUCUGGCAGUGAGGACAGGCGGACUCGGAACUCGAGGGACCCACAGCCCGGGAGGCGCUGCUGACAGCCAUCGGAGGAUGUCCCCCUAUGUUGACUGCUAUGCCCAGCGCUCCUAUCCCAUGCCGAAUGAACCCUUAUCCACAGAGCUCAGUGAGGAGCAGCAGGCCCUGAAGGAGAAGGAGAAAGGCGACUGGGCUCAGUUGAGCCAAGCAGAGAAGGUGGCCUUGUACCGGAUGCAGUUCCAUGAGACCUUCGCAGAGAUGAACCAUCGCUCCAACGAAUGGAAGACGGUGAUGGGCUGCGUCUUCUUUUCCUUUGGAUUUACGGCUCUGAUGAUUUGGUGGGAGCGGGUCUAUGUGUUUCCUAAGAAGGUUGUCACCCUGACGGAUGAACGGAAGGCCCAGCAGCUCCAGCGUCUCCUGGACAUGAAGAGCAACCCCAUACAGGGCCUGUCUGCUCACUGGGACUACGAGAAGAAAGAGUGGAAAAAGUGACCAGCAUCACAUGACUGUAGCUUGCCCUUGCAAAACCACCCUGUGCAGACCCCGGAGCCAAGGAACACCCUCCUCUCCUCUCCU